AUGAUUUGGUUAGUCGGUUGCCCAAAUGACCGCGAAGUCGUCAGUUUGGGCCUGCUCAGACGACAUAUCCGCUCAGUGUUGAGUGGGAAGGCAAGUGGUAUUAAGAAACAUGGUAAAUAUGAAUUUCAUUUAUAUAAAUAUAUGGAAAAGUCAAUGAUAUUGGACCGAUCCUUGAGCUGGGGAGAAGCAAGAAAUCGAGGAAAAACGCAGGGAGGCUGCAGGGAUACGGGAUUCGUGAGAAGAGUCAGAAAUUCUGGAGUUGAGAAGCUGGAAGGAGAGAUCCUUGACCCCGCCAAGUUUAAUUACCGGAGUUUGAGGUCGUGUUAUACUACUCGAGAAAUAAACUUUGAUACUGAAGACCCGCGUGGCAGUCCUUUAAACUAA